AUGAAUUGUAAUCUGUAUUACUGGAAAGAGUCAAUUGAUGAAAAUUUAUAAGAAGAAAAUAAGAUUAUAUAGCAACUUUCUGAUAAUCUUAAAGAAGAACUUUUGAUUUAGUCGAAUAAAUUAAUUUUAAAAGAAAGUAAGGUUCUUAAGGAAAACUUUAGUCCAGAAAUUCUUGCAAAGUGUAUUUCAAUAAUUAAAGAACAAAAGCUGACUCCAGGGGAAACUCUUAUUUAAUAAGAAGAAGGAAAUUUCGAUUGUUCAAUUUACUUUGUACUUUUUGGGGAACUUGAAAUUUACAAUAAGUAGAAACUAAAAUAAAAAAGUAAAAGCUCUAAUUAGUUAGGAUUUAUUGCUCAUCUUAAAAGGGGAGAAUGCUUUGGGGAAAGAUCGUUUUUUUCAGGAAAUACCGAAUGUCUAAAUGUUAGAAGCAAAUCGUUUAGUAAAAUAUUGAAGAUAAGGAGAGAGGACUUUAUCCAGCUACUAAAAGAAGAAAAAGAAUAAUAUGAAAAAUUUAUUUAUUUGUAAGAUAAAUUAAUAUUUAGCAAUGAUAUUAGCUAGCUGAAUUAGAAAUGCAAGUCAUGUUAAAGCAAUAAUCACGAAAUAGAUAGAUGUCCUUUCAUACAUUUUAUUCCUAGGAAAUUUAAAAUUAUUGGAGUGAAUUAAAUGAGCUGCUCUUAGGAGAGAAAAAACUAAUACAAAAGAGGUGGCAAGAAAUAGGGAACAUUAGAAAAUUCUCCUUACAAUACUUAAGCUUUGCUAGACUACUUAGAGAAUUAAAUAGAUGACAUUGAAGCCUAUGAAUAAUAAUACUUUUAAUUUAGUUUCUUUAAAUAGAAAUCAAGACAGUUUUAAUAAGUUGAAGAUGAUGAUUUUGAUUUUAAUAAAAAUUUCUAAGAAGGAAUGAGAUCGAGGUAAUUUACGAAUGAUAUUUCUGAAUCUCCUUUUGUUGGAUAACUUGAAAAGAAAAAAUCUCAACAAUGUUUUAAAAAAAAAGUUGGCUUGGUUUUCUAAAGCCCAUCAAAUAAUUUACCGAGUAUUCAUUCUGUUAUUGAAGACCAGCAACCAAAAGAGAUACAAAAUCUGACUAAAAAUAAGACUUCUUAAGUAUUUUAUUUGGAAGUAGAUGCUUAAUCAAAUUUAUAGGAAUAGCCCUAGAGUUAGAUAUUUAUUUGCGAUUAGGAAGGUGGAAAUUCAAUGUAUUUAAAUGAAAAUUCUUAAAAUAUUACAGACAAAAUAACACAAUAACAUCAUAGAUUUAAUGCUCUAAAAAAAUAACCUUCAAAAGAUAUGAAUAACAAUUAGUCAGCCGAAAAAAACAAAAUAAAACAGGAGAGCGUAUCGAAAAUUGCUUAAAAGAACUAUGAUUAAGUUGUAAAUUUUGAUGUAAAAUCUUCCAUCCAUGUUUUAAUUGAAGACAAUGAAUUCGAUUUGCUCCAUGGAAAGCUAGAUAAAUAUGAGAAUUUCUAGUAUUAUUUUCCUAAGUAAAAUGUAAAAAAUAUAAUCAGCUAACUAAAUCCAAGUAUUCGCUAAAAUAAAGCAAAGAAAAAAAAGACAGUUCUUUAAUAAUUUAGAGAUAGCUAAGUAUAUUCAAAGUUAAGCAAAAGUCUUUAUUAGUUGCUCAAAGAGAGAGAUUUAGGUUCUUGUAGAACUAUAACUAGAAGCAAAGCAAGGGAAGGAAGUGGAAUAGAAAGAAAGAUAAUAAUUCAAUCUUAAUAAAGCUAAUCAGCAAAUAAAACUAAAAUUCAAAGAGGAAGAAAAAAAAUGAGCUUACCUGAAGAUUUAUCUCACCGAAAUGAAUAGUUAGAAGAUUCAUUUUUAAGUUAAUCGAAAAAUUAUGAUCUAUUUAGAAACUAAACAAAAAGAUAACUUCAAAAUGAAGAUCCUCAGACACCUCCUUAAAAUGAGAAUGAAAUUCACCUAGUAGAAGUUACUUCGAUGGUUUUUAAAAAGCAAAAUAAAUAUUUUAGCAAUCUUGACACGUCAAAUGUCUAAUUCCAUUAUAAUUAUAAUUGA